AUGGCGGAAGAUACACGAGAAUCCGAGGGCGCCCCUCAAGAUGACAAGUCAACCUCAGAGUCGCCUCGAAUCAGGCGGCCGAAGCCCCGGCAAGACUUCCCCAAAUCUCAAGUUGGGAAGAUGUGGGAGGCGCUGGGAAAUCCUCAAGAACCGGUAAACACGAUGCCCGGAGGAACCUACAAUUCGGCAGGCGGCAGACCGACCGAAGUAUCUUGGAAAGAUGCCUUCAACUUUUCGUACGAGGGUAAAGGCCCAGCAUGGUAUCAGACGCCUUGCGCCAGAGACUCUUUGCUAGUGGGAAUAGCUUCGGGAGGGGCCAUUGGAGGAUUAAGAUUUGUCCUCAAAGGUCUCUCUUCUAUUGCAACCUCGGCCAAUAUCGCAGUCGGCGGAUUUGCUCUCACAGCAAGUGGGAUGUACUAUUGGUGUGAGCAGAGGAGGAGAGAAGAGGCCCGCGGAAUGGCGGCCGCGGUUGUAGGGAUGAGGAUGCUGCAUGAGAAGAAGGCCAGAGAGAAGAAGGAAGCGGAGGAGGCGGCCAAAGCUGCAGCUGCUGCGAAAGCCGAAGAAGAACGGAAACGCAACCAGCGAUGGUACAAGUUUUGGUGA